AUGGCCAUCGGGCUCAGCCUCCAGAUCCUUGACUCAUACAAGAUCUUUGACUUCUACCCCAUGACCGACCAGACCUUUGCCGCCUCCGGCUCUAUGACCGUGUAUCCUAUGCCUCCUGCUGCUGGCCAUGUGAACGACUCCGGAGUCGGCGGUUCCAAUGGCUCAAUCAAUGAAUUUUUUGUGCCCUCGGAGUUGUACGCGAUCCAGUACCUGCGCAAUCUGCUGACAAUCAGGGGCUUCAAGAUCAUGAACAUUGACACCCUAAAGGCCGCCAGUAUCCCCAACUUCAACCAGAUCGAGCAGUAG